UAGAAACCUCUCUAACUUGAUCCGCUUCUCCUCUCUCUCUAUUUGUCUUCUUAUAUGAGAGGUUGAUGAGAUCCACAAAGAAACUCGAGAUUCAUUUGUUCUUGAUUUCCAUAUAGAAAAAUAAGCAUUUGAACACUCCUAGCUUAUAACUUCCGAAUCCAAAUAUAUCUGUUAUAUACUGGUGGAGUUGAUUUGCAUGAGUUUGAUCCAACCACAGACGCAGCCGCAGGAUUGAGAUCAGAGAUGGCAUUUCCUCAGCAUGGUUUUAUGUUCCAACAACUUCAUGAAGAUAUAAGCCCUGAUCAGCUCCCUUCUUGCCUUCCUCCUCAUCCCUUCAAUGGAGGAGGAAACUACAUGAUGAACAGAUCUAUGUCAUUAACGAACGUGCGAGAUGAUCCUCAUCAAUCUGUCGAUGAGGAGAAUUUAUCAGACGAUGGAUCACAUAUGAUGCUUGGAGAGAAGAAGAAGAGGCUGCAGUUAGAGCAAGUUAAGGUAUUAGAAAAGAGCUUCGAGCUCGGGAACAAGCUGGAUCCAGAGAGGAAGAUACAACUAGCUAAAGCAUUGGGGAUGCAACCGAGGCAGAUAGCGAUCUGGUUUCAAAACAGGAGAGCCAGGUGGAAGACUAGACAGCUCGAAAGAGACUAUGAUUCACUCAAGAAACAGUUUGAUUCUCUUAAGUCUGACAAUGAUUCUCUUCUUGCCCACAACAAGAAACUCCUUGCUGAGGUAAUGUCUUUAAAGAACAAAGAUAAUGAAGCAAGCAUAAUAAAGAGGGAAGCAGAAGCCUCAUGGAGCAACAAUGGAAGCAUAGAAAAUAGCUCAGACAUAAAUCUGGAGAUUCCUAGAGAGACCACUACAACACAUGUGAACACGAUCAAGAACCUUUUCCCUUCAUCGAUUCCGUCAUCUACACGUAAUCACGAUCAUCAUGGUGAUCAUCAUCAUCAUCAGAAUAAUGAAAUGGUUCAAGAAGAGAGUUUCUGUAACAUGUUUAAUGGCAUUGAUGAAACGACGCCGGCUGGUUACUGGGGAUGGUCUGACCCAAACCACAACCACCAGUUCAACUGAUUCAUGAUCCUAUAUAUACCACAACCAUGGCAUUAUCAUCAUCAGGAGAAGAAACACUUCAUCACUUAUCUGAUGAAUAUGACUAUUUGGAAGUACUGUUAAUCUUUUAUUUUAAGUUGGCUUUUGCUUUGUUUGUUUUGGGUUUGUAGAGCGCUGGUGUAUAGUGGGAAAUUUGUUGUUGUUAUAAUUUAAUAAAUGAACAGUUUUUAUUUUAUUUUUUUGAGCAACUUAUAUAUGGAUCAUGAG